CGUGCCGCUGCGUGUGGUGACAGGAACAGGACAGGACUAAGCACAUGGACUGGAAAUUGGAAGGGAGUACUCAGAAAACAGAGUCACCUGUGCUGCAGGGGCACGAAGGCAUCUUAGAGGACACAGGUGCACAUGGAAUCUCUGAAAGCUUCCAGCUUCUGCAGAUUGAUGUGGAAUGCGAGUGCCAGGAGGGAGAGACCCUCCCCACAGGCAGUGCAGCAUGGUGCUCGAAAAAUGUCCGGAGAAAACAGAGACACUGGGAAAAGAUAAUUGCAGCAAAGAAGAGCAAAAGAAAGCAAGAAAAAGAAAGAAGAAAAGCCAAUCGUGCAGAAAAUCCAGGCAUCUGCCCUCAGCACAGCAAACGUUUUCUGAGAGCUUUAACCAAAGAGAAACUUUUGGAAGCCAAACACUCAGGACCAAGACUAUGUAUUGAUUUGAGUAUGACCCACCACAUGUCAAAGAAGGAAUUAAGUAGACUGGCUGGACAGAUCCGAAGGUUGUAUGGUUCUAACAAAAAAGCUGACAGGCCAUUUUGGAUCUGUCUCACUGGAUUCACAACAGACAGUCCCCUGUACGAAGAAUGUUUGAGGAUGAAUGAUGGAUUUUCUAGUUACCUGCUAGACAUAACAGAAGAAGACUGCUUUAGUUUAUUUCCUCUGGAAACCCUUGUGUACCUAACUCCUGACUCAGAACAUGCUCUUGAAGAUGUUGAUCUAAACAAAGUUUACAUCCUUGGUGGACUUGUGGAUGAAAGCAUUCAGAAGAAGGUGACAUUUCAAAAGGCCCAGGAAUACUCCGUCAAGACAGCCCGCUUGCCAAUCCAGGAAUACAUGGUCAGACGCCAAAAUGGGAAAAACUAUCAUUCAAAGAUACUGGCCAUCAAUCAAGUGUUUGAUAUCCUGUCCACUUACUUUGACACUCACAACUGGCCUGAAGCAUUGAAGAAAGGAGUUUCUUCAGGAAAAGGCUAUGUUCUUCGGAAUUCAGUGGAAUGACGGGCAGCCUAAGAUGGCAGUCGCAGGAGUGAAGUGCUCAGGGUGCCUUGUCCAAAGAGCAGGGCAAGGUGGCAGCAGUGGCACACACUUGCCUUUACUUGACAUCUUGAAUCUUCAAUAAGCUACUAAUGACAGGGACCAUAUUUUAUGCUCUUUUGUAUCUCCCAUAGUGCCUGGCUCACGGGAAGUGCCCAGAUAUAUGUUAAGUAAAAAAAGUUUACGUAACAAGGAAUUAGCCCCAAAACCACAUGGCUUUGUUAGUGUUAAUUCACCUUUUGUACAUCUAUGUCUUCGUGAAAGACCUACUCUUUGGAGAUUGUUUAAUUAAAUAAUUAUUGUUAUAUC